AAGGGCAAUUCGGCGGAAUCCCGACACAUUCAAUCUCAAUCUCGAUCUCGAUCCGCCUAGCUUCUUCCUCAAAACCCUCGCUUGGCAUGGCCGUCGAUCCUCUCCUCUCCGUCGAUCCUCAAGUCGCGGCUCUCGAUCCGGUGGUCGGACCAAGUUCGUGCACUUCCCCUUCUCCGCUGAAUGACCGGCCCCGUUUUGUGGGCGCUGGCCUCAAGAACUUGGGGAAUACCUGCUUCCUCAAUGCGGUUCUGCAGUGCCUCACGCAUACGGUGCCGUUUGUGCAGAAGAUUCUCAAGACGGAUCACUCUCCUUGCUUCCGUGCUGCAGAUGGUGAUUUCUGCUCAUUCUGUGCUUUCAAACAACACGUCAGCAGUUGUUUGCUGCUCUCAGGAUAUGUUACUUCGCCUGUAAAAUUCGCAGAAAAUUUGAGCCAGAUAUCACCUCAUUUUCAAUUAGGUCAGCAAGAAGAUGCUCAUGAAUUCCUCCAAUCAUUGUUAGAUAGUAUCCAUUCUUGCUGUCUUGGUAACAAAUCUGACGAUUGGAAGUCUUCUCUAGAUAAAGAUAGCUUUGUUACACAAGUAUUCGGAGGAUGUCUUAGAAGUCAGCUACGUUGUUGUGGUUGUGGUCAUCUUUCCGACACCUUUGAACCACUUCUUGAUCUUAGCUUGGAGAUCGAUAACGCAGAAAGUGUUGUUGAUGCGCUGACAUCCUUCACUAGGUUAGAGAAAAUUGAUGAUUCUGAAAUCAAAUUAAUUUGUGAAGGAUGCAAGUCUCAAGUCACAAUGGAGAAGCAGCUUAAGUUGAAGACAGCGCCAGAAGUUCUUGCACUACACUUGAAGAGAUUUAAGAAUGAUGGAAAUACAUGCUACAAGAUCUAUGAUUCGGUGAAUUUUCCAUUGGAGCUAGACUUGAGCUCAUUCUUAAGUUGUCCUAUUGAUGAGGUCCAGUUUAAGUACGAUCUUUCUUCAGUUCUGGUGCAUAUUGGUUCACCAUAUUCUGGACAUUACUAUUGCUUCGUUCGAUCCUCUCCGAGCACAUGGUAUCAGAUUGAUGACCGCAAGGUGACUAGAGUUGCUGAGGAGUAUGUAUUAGAACAAGAAGCCUACGUGCUCUUUUAUGUUAAGCAAGGAACAUCAUGUUGGUUCUCAAGCUUCUUGGAAAGAGAGAGGAAACAUAUCGAUGACACCAGUGACACUUCUCCAAUAUCUGUACUUGAUCAUCUUGAAAGGUACCAUUCGUCUCCUACAAACAGUGAAGGUAGUUGCAGCAGUUCAAGAGAAUCUCCUGCAGAGCAAGCUGAAAUUCCCUCUGUCAAACCACAAGAUAAGAUACUUGAAAGCAAGACGAAUGGGGCUGAGAAUUCCGUCAGCGAUGAUAAUCGACCUCCAUUACGAUCAGCUGCAUGGUCCAUACCUGUCCAGGAUCUGGAUGUUUUGUUUGAAGAUGAAAUCAAGGAAGACGAGAAAGAUGAUUCGCCUCCUGCAGAGGAACUGAAGGCUGCUGCUAAUAAAGAAAACCAACCUGUUCUGGAGUCUACAAACGAUGAUACUCAGGCGAACAAGGCAUUUAACAGAUUAGUAAGAGGCAUGCCUAAAUCUCGGAGGUCAGGCAUCUUGGCUUGUCUUACUUCUCAGCAUGGAUCAUUCAGAAAGCGGUCUCUGAACCUGGGAGAUUCCAGUGGCAGCAAGAGGACAAAGGUUCAUGGCGUGCAUGAUGAUGGAUCUCAGCAAAAAUCAAGAACGAUGUCUCAGAGCCUUAGUCCGCGUUCUAUUAGGAGAGGUUUGUUUAUUGAAGGAUCCAACAUGAGCUGAUUUGUAUUUCUGUUGAAAAUUACAUAUUGAUGAUUUUGUUAAUAUCGAUAACAUCUAGUUUGAUGUUAUGAAU